GUCUCCACGCCGGAGGAGACGUGUAGGGGCUGGGUUCGGCCCUUGUGAACUUUCACCCUGGCGCGUGGGUUUCUUUUUCCGGGACAAGAUGGCGCCGUCCACGCCGCUUUUGACAGUUCGAGGAUCAGAAGGACUGUACAUGGUAACUGGGCCACCACAUUUUACAGAAAGCACAGUGUUUCCAAGGGAAUCUGGAAAGAAUUGCAAAGUCUACACUUUUAGUAAGGAUGGGACCUUGUUUGCCUGGUGCAAUGGAGAAAAAGUAAAUAUUAUCAGUGUCACUAACAAGGGACAGCUGCACUCCUUCGACCUCCCAAAGACAGUUUGCCUUGAAUUCUCGCCAAAAAACACUGUUCUGGCAACGUGGCAGCCUUAUACUACUUCUAAAGAUGGCACAGCUGGGACACCCAACCUUCAACUUUAUGACUUGAAAACUGGGACAUGUUUGAAGUCUUUCAUCCAGAAAAAAAUGCAAAAUUGGUGUCCGUCCUGGUCAGAAGAUGAAAGUAUUUGUGCCCGAAAUGUGAACAAUGAAGUUCACUUCUUUGAAAACAACAAUUUCAACAUAAUUGCAAAUAAAUUACAUUUGCAAAAAAUUAAUGAUUUUGUGUUAUCACCUGGACCUCAGCCAUACAAGGUGGCUGUCUAUGUUCCAGGAAGCAAAGGUGCACCUUCAUUUGUUAGAUUGUAUCAGUACCCCAACUUUGGUGGACCUCAUGCAGCUUUAGCCAAUAAAAGUUUCUUUAAGGCUGAUAAGGUUACAAUGCUAUGGAAUAAAAAAGCCACUGCUGUCUUGGUAAUAGCUAGUACAGACGUUGACAAGACAGGAGCCUCCUAUUAUGGGGAACAGACACUGCAUUACAUUGCAACAAAUGGAGAAAGCGCCGUAGUGCAACUGCCGAAAGGUGGCCCCAUUUAUGAUGUAGUUUGGAAUUCUAGUUCUACUGAGUUUUGUGCUGUGUAUGGUUUCAUGCCUGCCAAAGCAACAAUUUUCAACUUGAAGUGUGAUCCUGUGUUUGACUUUGGAACUGGUCCACGGAAUGCAGCCUACUACAGCCCUCAAGGACAUAUAUUAGUACUAGCUGGAUUUGGAAACCUGAGAGGACAAAUGGAAGUGUGGGAUGUUAAGAACUACAAGCUUAUUUCUAAACCAGUGGCUUCUGAUUCUACGUAUUUUGCUUGGUGCCCAGAUGGUGAGCAUAUUUUAACAGCCACGUGUGCUCCCAGGUUACGUGUUAAUAAUGGGUAUAAGAUUUGGCAUUAUACUGGCUCUGUCCUGCACAAAUAUGAUGUGCCCUCAAAUGGAGAGUUAUGGCAGGUUUCAUGGCAGCCAUUUUUGGAUGGAAUAUUUCCAGCAAAAGCAAUAACUUACCAAGCAGUUCCAAGUGAAGUACCCAGUGAGGAACCUAAAGUUGCAACAGCUUAUAGACCCCCUGCUUUAAGAAAUAAGCCAGUCACCAAUUCCAAGCUGCAUGAAGAGGAGCCACCUCAGAAUAUGAAACCACAGUCAGGAAGUGAUAAACCCUUAUCAAAAACAGCCCUGAAAAAUCAAAGGAAGCAUGAAGCUAAGAAAGCUGCAAAGCAGGAAGCAAGAAGUGACAAAAGUCCAGAUUUGCCAUCUACUCCUGCGCCACAAAGCACACCACGAAACAUUACCUCUCAGUCAACUUCUGGAGACCCUGAGGUAGACAAAAAAAUCAAGAACCUAAAGAAGAAACUGAAAGCAAUUGAACAACUGAAAGAACAAGCAGCAAGUGGAAAACAGUUAGAAAAAAAUCAGUUGGAGAAAAUUCAAAAAGAGACAGCCCUUCUUCAGGAACUGGAAGAUUUGGAACUGGGUAUUUAAGGAGUCACCGAAAACACUCUGCUUACCAGAAGUCAGUGCGAACGCCUCUGGCAUUAAACCCGGUGGUGUACACAGAGCACCCGUGUGCCCAUAUUUAAUGUGGCUCUACAAUGUUAAGCAUUUAUCCAAGAUUCUGCAUAUGUGUGAAAUUAUUUAAUAAUGUCUAUUAAACUGACUUAACAUUCUGCAUCCUCUAUCAUGUCAAUAUUCAAUGCAGAAAGAUACAAGAAUUUUUCAGCUAAGCUUAACAGAUUGAAAGACAAAUUUUUUUUUAGUAGGGGACAGCAUUUACCAUAUAAAUAAAUAAAGACCUUUUAAAUUUAA